AUGCCACAGAAUAUUCACUUGGAGUCCUUGUUUGGAACCUUGCCGAAAGCGGCCGGCUUCCAUCCCUCAUGGAUUCCAGGAUUUGCUGCCUUGAAGGUCCUGAAAGCAAACGUCCCACUACCAGGGAGCCUCUUCUGCUUACCAAAGCUCGCGGUGCUCAAGUUCGCCCUCCAAAAUGAUAACGAAGAGUGGAUAUAUACGCCACCGUUCAUGCAGCUUUCCUGUUCUUUAUCGAUACCGGAUACUCUCCAAGACGUCACAGUCGCGGUUGAUAUGCACGUCAUCGCGGUCGACCAUAUCUCGGAACUCAAUGACAGUGACAGGCCGUACGCCUACUUACGCGAACUCCUUUAUCGGCUCAAAAAUCUGAGGUCACUUACUCUCCAACUUGUCUGUGGCGUUUCUUUCCUGGAACGAACCUGGUGGCCCCGGCUAUGCAGCUACGACUUCCUCAUCAAUUUCAUAAAGAACAAUACUCUAGAGGCACUGAGUAUCGACACCUCUAAUGUCAACUACUCAUAG